CAGCCCCUCAAGCAGCCGUUGUUUACUGGUGCCUCUGAUGCGUUUGUGGAUGGACGCCGAGUUGGCCGGCUGUCAAACCCCCACGGAGAGGAGAUAAACCAGGACAGGUUGUUACCAGAGAGGGACAGGGGCCCAUAGCAUCCACAGCUGGUCCUUGCUUCCUGCUGGUGCAGUCCUGAGACAGCCAUCAUGGCCAGCAAUGAAGAAUCCAAGAAGAUGAACGGCAGUACUGGUCACUCGUCCCAACAUUUGGAGCAGCCCAAAGAGAGCAUGCAGCUCAAGAAGGAAAUCUCGCUGCUCAAUGGAGUCAGCCUGAUUGUUGGGAACAUGAUCGGCUCUGGCAUUUUCGUCUCUCCCAAGGGUGUGCUCAUCUACAGUGCCUCCUAUGGGCUUUCGCUGGUCAUCUGGGCUAUUGGGGGCUUGUUCUCUGUGGUUGGGGCCCUCUGUUAUGCUGAGUUGGGCACCACAAUCACCAAAUCAGGGGCAUCGUAUGCCUACAUUCUGGAGUCAUUUGGAGGCUUCAUCGCAUUUAUUCGUUUGUGGACGUCUUUGCUGAUCAUUGAGCCAACCAGCCAGGCGGUCAUUGCAAUCACUUUCGCUAACUACCUGGUGCAGCCACUCUUCCCAACGUGUGAACCCCCGUAUACUGCGGCCAGGCUAAUCGCUGCAGCCUGUAUAUGCUUACUGACAUUCAUCAACUCUGCCUAUGUGAAGUGGGGCACCCGUGUGCAGGACAUCUUCACCUAUGCCAAGGUUGCAGCUCUCAUCGUCAUCAUCAUCACUGGCAUUGUGAAGCUGUGUCAGGGUUAUACUGCCAACUUUGAAUCAUCCUUUCAGGGAUCGUCUACAGAUCCUGGAGACAUCGCUUUGGCGCUCUACUCUGCACUCUUCUCCUACUCUGGCUGGGACACCCUCAACUUUGUAACAGAGGAGAUCAGGAAUCCUGAAAGGAACCUGCCACUGGCCAUUGCCAUCUCUAUGCCCAUCGUCACCAUCAUUUACAUCCUCACCAAUGUGGCCUAUUAUGCUGUUCUAGAUGUUAGUGCCAUCCUGGCCAGUGAUGCAGUAGCAGUGACUUUUGCAGAUCACACUCUUGGUGUGAUGAGCUGGACCAUCCCCAUUGCUGUGGCUCUGUCCUGCUACGGAGGUCUCAACGCCUCCAUUAUAGCUGCAUCGAGGUUGUUCUUUGUUGGCUCGCGUGAAGGUCACCUUCCAGAUGCUCUGUCCAUGAUCCACAUACAGAGAUUCACUCCUAUUCCCGCUCUCAUCUUUAAUUGUGUGAUGUCACUGAUCUACCUCACUGUGGAGGAUGUCUUCCAGCUCAUCAACUACUAUAGCUUUAGUUACUGGUUCUUCAUGGGUCUGUCCAUUGCUGGGCAGAUCUACCUCCGCUGGAAGGAGCCUGACAGACCCAGACCACUUAAGCUGACGCUGUUGUACCCGGUGAUCUUCUGUAUGUGUACAAUCUUCCUGGUGGCUGUUCCUCUCUACAGUGACACCAUCAAUUCUCUGAUUGGUAUUGGCAUCGCCUUUUCUGGAGUUCCUGUCUACUUCCUGGGUGUCUAUCUGCCAGAGUCCAAACGACCCCCAGUCAUCACCAAACUACUCCGUUCUCUGACUCACUUCACUCAGUACACCUGCUUCUGUGUUCUCACAGAGCUGGACAAAACUGAAUGAAGUCUGAAGACUUGAAACCUUUACCCCAAAGUUUUUGCUGCCUCCCAACUAACCAUCACCACGGAAAGAAAAGGGAUUUCAAACUCUUAUUGUACUGUUUACAACACUGAAAUGCUGCCACAUGAUGCACACAGACACUUGGAGAUCUGUCCUGGAAAUUCAACUGUGAUCAGACAAUGCAUACAGUAUGAUGUCCUCAUCAUGUUAUUGAAUGACCUCUAGUUCAAAGGAUUUGCCUUUUAGUUUUCUCAUUUAAUUGUAUAUAAGCCAUGUAAAUAAAAUGAGCCUGUGAAGUUUUACAGGAGCUGCACAGGGACCCACUAAUGAUGCAAAACAAUUUAUUGGAAAAAAAAAAAACUAUUUAAAUAGAAGAAUGUGUGUAGUAUGUGUGAGUGUGCAUAAACCCAUCCGUGAGUUUGUUAAAUGAUCUGUCAUGUUUCUGUUCUGGAUGAGAAAGGGAAUAAAAUCCAUAUUUUCUCUGCUGCUGUAUGACGAUUUAUCAUCCUCAUGGUGUUGCCUUCAUGGACUUUUAGUACCUUUGUCUAAUCAGGGUUCUUUUUUCUGCAGUUUAACUUUUGUUGCUUUAAGUUGAUUUUUUUCCACUAGGUGUAUUUAACAACUUUUGUAAAUGUCUUAAGCACUUUGGCUGAGGCGGGUGAAUUUUCUUGAAGGUUUUCCCACUCUGUUUGUGUGGCACUAAAGUUUUCUCAAAGUUGUAUAAGAAGCUGGAGUUAAAACCAGUUCUGACUCAGGUUACCAUAGAAUCUUCUGUAUUAGCAGAAAUGAUCUGUCCAUGAGUCCUGUCAUUCGUUAUUUGCACAUUUUCUGUUUUUUAAUGUCUCAUGAAGAUUUAGUUUUUCUUGGAUAAAUCAGAAAGUCAAUUUAUAAAUCUCUGCAGACACUCACAGAAAUCUCCUUUUUCCAGCACACUGAAAUAAAAAUAUAAACAAAUGGGGCCUUUGCUGAGUGAUUCUGUCCAAAUGUAUGCAACAAAUAUGAUC